AUGUCUCUCACUCUUGAAAACGUCGCGAAUGGGGAGACAGUUCAUCAGCGCUGCAUCAUAGUCAGAGGGACUUACAGCUUGGAGGACGACACUCUCGACUCGUUUGCAACCGUCAACAUCCGUGACGACUCUGGAAACUCCAUCUUCCCACCCCAGCGCUGGCCCAUCGUAGAUGGACGCGUCAAGAUCAUUUCUUUGCUCUCACCAGGUGCUAAUAACCUCACCAUCACUCGAGAGCACUCGUCUGGAUCGAUCACUCAGACCGUCAAGCUCAACUACAUCCCUCUCCUUCAGACACCGCCUUUGCAUUUGGCCAUCAUGGUUGCCAAGGACUCUCCCUUGCUCAUUGACUGCCCUCCGGCGAAGCAGGGCGCCUUCUCCCUGGCCCAUUCCUCACUCGAUGCGGCAGUGGCCAAGUUCCGCAUGACCGCAUACAUGUGGCAGGCCCUGACAGCCGAAGACAUGCGCAUGAAGGGCCUCGGCCGCCGGUCUUUCCGGCUAGAGGAAGAAUGGGGUGCCGACACUACCAGCUCGAGCUUCGUCACAGCUCGACAUGACGCUGCGCUUCACGACAGCGGGGCCAUGAAGUCAACGGCAAAGAUCCACAUCGUCCGAUCGGAACGAACAGUUGCGGAGCUUCGCAGCAUGGACUAUGCUCAGCAAAACAAAUCCGCACGGAAUCGUGACAAGUUGUUUGACUUCUUCAAAGAAGCCCUUGCUGCCCACGGUUCUCCGUUUGAGACGUCCGGAUAUCCCAUUGUAGCUGGCCUCAUUCUCGACUCACACUACUCCGUUGAGAAGAACAUAAUUCUUGCCCAUGCAGCCCUUGGAUGCCACGACGGCACCGGGUUGUCGCUCGGGAUUAUGGGCAGCCAUCUCACUUAUUCUUGGCCGCGAUUCUUAGAAGAAGUUUCUGAUUGCCUCCUCGACGACCGUAACCCAGGAGAGAUGGUCGGCAAUGAUAACGGCGAGUGCGGUAGCUUCUGGGAAGCCUGCGCAAUCGGCCAAGGUGCGUUUCUUCACGAGGUCGGCCACGCCUUCGACGCGCCUCAUACUACCGGCAUCAUGGCCCGGGGCUACUCGCAAGACUGGCCUCGUAAUUUUGUCGUUCGUACCGCGUAUUGCACAAGUCGCAGCACAGAAGGUAUCGUCGUCAUUGACGGUGAAACCCGGAAUCAGGCGAGAUGGGAUCUUCACGAUGCACUCUCGUUCCGUUCACUCCCACACUUCUGGUCCCCGGGAGAUCCUAAGAUGUCUAAGGAGACGCGAUCUGCGGCACCGACCAUCAAGGUCGAAGGUGCUGAAAGCGAGAAAUUUCGCAUCGAGAUUUCGUGUGCGGCUGGAAUCGCACAAAUCACGUUCAAUGACACUGAGGAGCCGUCCCCGAGCAUCGCGGCUCCCAUCAAUACUGUCACCUACACACUCGAGUCUCUUCGAAGCCGAUUCCAUCAGAACGAGCCCCUAAAGCUUUCCGUUCUUGGAAUGAACGGCAAGUCGAGAACGAUCAAAGACGCGUGGAGAUUUUUUGGUGGGCGUACCUUCGUACUUAUCCCAGGCACGAAGAUUCUCCUCCAUAAACAAUCAGUCAUGAGCAAGCAGCUCGAAGAAACUGACGGGGAGACCGAAGAGCACUUCUGGGAAUGGGCUACACUCUUGACUAGGAAGAGAAAAGAUGGUUCCAUCGAGCAUGCGACCAAGGUUGACAUCCGCACAGGAUGUAUUCUCGACGGUGCUUAUGUUCAUUUUCCAGACGGCACUCAGAUCAAUUGUGGCCCAAGGGUCAGUCCAAGCGGUGGUGACCAUUAUUUCGGAGGCCAUGCCGCCGAGGCACACGAUAUCCCUAAGGGUCAGGAUAUUGUAAAGGUUGAGGUAUCUAGGGAAGAUGAUAUUCUGAGGGGCAUCCGCAUGACAUUGCGUAAUGGUGUCACUUGGGGUGCUCUCAGUGGCAUGAGCGAUCAGCCAGAGACCCUUACGCUUGAACCACCUCCCGGAGAACGCGUUAUGGGCUUCUUUGCCACGGCACAGCGACUUCUGGACAUUGCCGCCGAACUGUCGUCUUCCGAGAGGGCUAUCUGUAUCGAGGAGCACAUGAAAUCCAGACUAUCAAGUAUCCUGUCAGCGUGGGACCUUAGCAAUACCGAGGAGCAAGAAACCGAUCACAAUCCUGAGGAGCAUGAAUGCAAUUAUCAGUUGGAGGUGGUGCGACACCCGCGGCAGGGAGGCCUCGACGUGUUUCUCGGCUUUCAAGAACCAUCCCUGCGGGAGUACUUCUUAAACUUUCCAGAUCAGACUGAGCAUAGCCUUCGUCUUUCUAGGAAAGAUUUCCACCUCAAACUGUUGAAGGUGUCCAUAGCCGCUCUGACACAUUCGGCAGGUGACCCGAUCAGCGGCCCGGAACAACCGGUUAACGACGAGGCAGACACGGAACUGUCAACGCUAGCCAUGGAAUUCUGGCGCCGAAGUCUCGCGGAACUCGCAAGGAGCAACGAUGACGAUCCCGACCAGCUUGGAAACGUACAAGACUUGAAAGAGAUCCUUGAAGCGAACACAUCAGCAUGCUGGGGCCGACUCCGGAAGCCGUGGACGAAACACUGCGGAACUUGGGGGCCCCUGGUGGACCGGGCGCAGCGCACCCCAGGCUCACCACAGGCGACGGAUCCAUCCAACCCGGAAUGGAUUUUCGGCACCGUUGCCAAAUUGCACCGUUGUAACUGGUUAAAGGCGAUGGCGUCUCCCGCCGCAUUUGCCGCUUUUCUCUUUGCUCGACACGCCUACAGUUCGUUCACACCACCAGCGGAUCCGCCGGCGGGACACAAGUCGGAAAAUAUCUCAGAAUUUGAGCGGGUCAUGCGCCUCUAUGCGUCUGCGGUGGGCCGCCACGCGUACCAUCAGAUGUCAAUGGCGGCUUUCUUUUCUGGUGAGACCGGGGUCUCCAAGACUCUCGCGUCCGAAGGACUCGACGCAAAGCAGACAGCCUCGGCAGCAGACAAAGCAGAAUAUGCGCGGGAUACGUUCAAUCUCAACGACUUCGUCGAUGCUUUAGAAAGCGCUCCCGGGGACCUAGAGGGCGAUGCGGGCCACAAGUUUAUCUGCAACAGUGCCUAUCAAAUGAAGGCAUUGGUUGAAUCAGGUCUCCAGGGCCGCCAGGGCGAUGCUCUCGCUAGCAUGAAGUUAGCGAAGCAGUUCCAGACGGAACAGUCCUACGUGCGUUACUUUAACGAGCUUGUAACCACUUUGGGCCACUGGAACGAGUGGGAGAAGAUCAUUGAGCUUCUAGAGCUCAUCGAUAAUCCGCUAUCGGACAACUGCAGCACGGCGACUCACAGACUCAUCCACCGCGCGGCGAAGGCGUGCGACCGGGGUCCGACGGUGGAUGAGCUCUAUCACAAGGCAACCUGCAAACCCGACACGUACGGGCCUCAUCCUAUUGAAACCAGAACCUACUGGGCUUUGUUCAAGCGCUUCGUCUUGAACGACGCCGAAACCGCUAGAGCCACGUUGAACGAAGUCAUUGACUCGAGCCACGAAGAUGUAGACGUGGUUGAUAGGGCAGCCAAAUAUCUUGCCAACAUCGUCAUUGAUGACUUUUCGGUUGCUCUCAACCUGGAGGAUAAGGAAAAGGCGGUCGAGGAAAUGGAAGAACUCCAGGACAGACUGAAAAAGCGGUUCGGGUUCGAAUUCGAGGCCGGAUUGUCGCCGGCAGCGGCGCCCCUAGCCAUCACGCGGCGCCAGAUGGGGCCGGCGCGUGUGUUCAAAGAGCACCUCGACACGGCGUUCGAGAGCUGCCUCGACUCCCUGCGUGACAAUUGGGACGGUAACGACUUGAAGGGCUUCAGAAACCUCGCCAGGAUCAUGUUUCUCUUUCCAAGUCUCCGCCUAGAUGCCAAGGCUGCACUCUACUGCCGGUUCUACGAGAUCACACUCGACUUUCAGGUGUUUCGUCUUCAGGAUACUGGCUAUUACCCCAUCAUAUGUGACAUGUGCCCGAAGCGCGUGCAUAGUCCUGGGUGCUGCGAUCUGUGCGCCAAUGGGGAGCACGACGUCCGCUUCCGCCAUCACUAUGUCUGCCUGAUGUGCAGCAGCGUUGAUCUGUGCCACGAAUGCUAUGAGUCGCGCUCGAGGCCCCAGACUAGAAGCGACGUCGAUGUUUGCCCUCGCUCCCAUGAGUACAUUGAUGUCUUUGUCCACGAUUGGCUGGACAUUGAGGAGUGCGGUACCGACCUGGUCCUGAGGUACGGGGGCACCAGGGUGAAAUUUACGGACGAGUGGCUCCAAGGGCUCGAGAAAAAGUGGUAUGUGGCCUGGGAAGAGUACUGGAAGACCGGGAAAUAG